CUUUUCAAAGGAGACUUUCGUAUCACUUCACCAAAAGACGAGUGGGUUUUCCAAGACAUGGAUUUGUUGCGCAAAGUGAUCGCACCCGCAGUGCGAAUGGCUCUUAAGCUACAUCAGGACCACUUCAUGUCCACCGAAGAAUACGACGACAAUCCCACGCUUUUCGACGCUAUUAAUAACUACCAGAAAAAUCUGGUCAUUUCACACGAGGCGGACCCCGUCUGGAGGAAUGCCGUCCUAUCGAAUGUGCCCUCACUGUUGGCCUUAAGGCAUGUGUUCGAUGACGGGACCGAUCAGUACAAGAUUAUUAUGUUGAACAAGAGAUACCUCUCCUUCAGAGUCAUUAAGGUUAACAGAGAGUGUGUGAGAGGGCUGUGGGCCGGACAGCAGCAAGAGUUGAUUUAUUUAAGAAAUCGCAAUCCAGAGCGCGGUUCCAUUCAAAACGCCAAACAAGCGCUCAGAAAUAUUAUUAACUCUUCAUGCGAUCAACCGAUCGGUUAUCCGAUAUAUGUCUCUCCACUGACCACUUCUUUUGCCGAAACUAAUGAGAACUUAAAUCGAGUGAUCGGUUAUCCCAUAACUCUGGGAAUGUUUAAGAGAGCGAUCAUCAGAAUGAGAACCCGUUGUGGCGAAGGCUGUUCUAGUGGUGGCUCAGGUCUUAACCCAGACUUUGGAGAACUCUCGUCGUCGACCACAUCCUGCCGUAGAGUGGAGUCCAUUGCACUCGAAAGAGUCCGCACAUCCAAUUAUAGUGAGUCUUCGAGUGAAUACGAUUCCAGUCGUUCGCGUGAAAUGCUUUACCGCCGGUCGCGAACACAACCGCAUCCCAUGUCUUACCGUCACUACAAGUACUCGGACGGCAAGUCCGGCGCCCGACAGGCCUCUACUCUCGUCAACUUAACCGCAUUGAGAUCUGUCCCGCAAUCCAAUCCAUUAGAUCCAGAAUUUGAGUCCAUUUUAAUGAAUACUAAUAACAAAGUGAUUGUCGAUAAGUCGUCGCCUNAGAUCCAGAAUUUGAGUCCAUUUUAA